AUGAACCCCGAAUACGACUACCUCUUCAAGCUGCUCCUCAUCGGCGAUUCCGGCGUCGGAAAGUCCUGCCUGCUGCUUCGCUUCGCCGACGACACCUACACCGAGAGCUACAUCUCCACCAUCGGCGUCGACUUUAAAAUCAGGACCAUCGAGCUCGACGGCAAGACCGUGAAGCUGCAGAUUUGGGACACAGCCGGCCAGGAGCGUUUCCGCACCAUCACAUCCUCGUACUACCGCGGCGCCCACGGCAUCUGCGUCGUCUACGAUGUCACCGACAUGGACUCGUUCAACAACGUGAAGCAGUGGCUGCAGGAGAUCGACCGCUACGCCACCGAGGGCGUCAACAAGCUGCUGGUCGGCAACAAGUCCGACAUGGCGGACAAGAAGGUCGUCGAGUACACCGUUGCCAAGGAGUUCGCAGACAGCCUUGGCAUCCCCUUCCUCGAGACCUCGGCGAAGAGCGCCACCAACGUCGAGCAAGCCUUCCUGACCAUGGCCCGCCAGAUCAAGGAGCGCAUGGGAACCACAACCGCCAACACCAAGCCUACAGUCCCCAUCGGGCAGGGCCAGGGCGUCCAGAGCGGCUCCGGCGGCGGCUGCUGCUAG